GUAGAACGGUGUUAAUAUCGUGUUAUAACCAUAAUACAAUAGCAAAGUCAUUAUACAUGCGCGGUCCUGGGCUCGUAGAUCUGCAGUUGACCAGUAACUAGUAACUGCUAACAGGAUUAUCUUAUCUUAUCACCCGGUGCCGACUGUCCUGGCAGUUGCUGACUGCCAUGGCGCUGCCGCAGGAGAUCGUGACAGUCGAUGCUAUCCUUUUCGAUCUGGAUGGGACCCUCAUAGAUUCCACUCCUGGCGUCAUUUCAGCCUGGAAAACAUUUGCGGAGGAAUACAAACUUGGAUCGCAUCUACCUAUCGUGCAGAAAACCCAUGGACGGAGACUUGCUGAUACCCUGAAGGACGAGACAAUAUGCAAUAUCCAGGAUAAAGAACUUUUGGAUAGCGAAAUUUUACGCUUCGAGGACCUAGUGAUCCAGGGUAACCCAGUGGCUCUCGAAGGAGCCAUCGAGUUCUUGACUCAGCUCGAUUCGCACGAUGACAUGCGCACCAAGUGGACAAUUGUCACAUCAGCCUCGAGAUAUUAUGCAACUCAAUGCAUACCAAAGUGCAAAAUUCCGGUGCCUACAUCAGGGUUUGUGACGGCGGACGAUGUCAGCGAAGGCAAGCCAAAGCCCACACCGUAUCUCGAAGGAGCAAAGAAACUUGGAAUUGAUGCGACCAAGUGUCUUGUCAUUGAGGAUGCACCGUCCGGGGUGCAAGCAGGAAAUAGUGCUGGCGCAAAAACGCUUGCGGUUUGUACCUCCCAUAAACGCGAGGAUUUUGAGAACUGUUCAGAGGAAAUAAAGCGCCCCACGUACAUCGUUGAUGAUCUCACUAGAGUACGCGUGAAUUGGGAGAACGACAAAAUUCAGCUCACGAUCGAUACCCGUAGAGGACCUGAUGGAUCAGCAAUUUUGUAGACAGACCCGACCACUUCCAUCUGAUAGCUAUACAGCAGGAAAUUCACCGCACAUUCGUAUGUACUCUGCAGUUCCAACUUCCAAGUAGGCUAUGUAUACCACUCAGAUAUGGUGAACAAUAUUCGGAUGUACUGUCAUGGGAUGCUCACGGUCUCAUCGAGUGGUCCGACGAACUGACAGUAAGACUGAAAUCUUUUCACGUCAGCAGGUGGCUAGUCACCGAAUGCAACAAAGAUUGCAAUCAGUACUAGUGGGUACUGGUGCGAGCGCUCCAUCGAAAUCUGGGAUGUGAUGCCUGUUCUUGAGUUCUUGACAAAUAGAGCGAGUCUGAUCGACAUCAAGCGCUUGCACCGAAGCACUUGGAUUCUUGUGCAUGUGUUUUCCCAUGCAUUUCCAUAAGCAUUGAAUUACAG